ACUCCCAGGACCGAGCUCUAGCCAAUGGGCCACACUGCUUCUCCCCUAUGCUGGGGGUGACUGCCCUCAGGCAAUGCUGGAAAUGUGGACGCCUCUUUCAUCCUCCUCCUUAGUGUCAACAUUGCCUCCAUUUUCUUCCAUUGUUUCUUCUUCUCUAGGCAAGCGACGAAACCUCUAGAGAAAUGGCCAAUCAUACAUUUGUGAUGGAAUUCUUCCUGCUGGGGUUCUCGGAGGUUCGGGAGCUACAGCUGGUCCACGCCGCGCUGUUCCUCCUGGUCUACUUGGCGGCCCUGUUGGGGAAUCUCCUCAUCGUUGCCAUCACCGUCCUCGACCGACGCCUCCACACCCCCAUGUACUUCUUCCUCAGGCACCUGUCCAUCCUUGACCUCUGCUACAUCUCCGUCACUGUCCCCCACUCCAUCCACAAUUCCCUGACUGACCGUAGAUCCAUCUCCUUCCUGGGCUGUGCUGCCCAACUCUAUUUCUUUGCUUGUUUUGCUUCACUGGAGAUCGCCCUGCUCACGGUGAUGUCCUACGAUCGCUACGUGGCCAUUUGCCACCCGCUGCGCUAUGACAUCAUUAUGGACGGAGGGGCCUGUGGGAAGAUGGCCGCCACCUCCUGGCUCAGCGGAGCUCUCUCUGGUCUCGUGCAUACCGUCAACAUCUUUCUCUUGCCUUUUUGUGACUCCAACGUGAUCCACCAGUACUUCUGUGACAUCCCCCAGCUAUUAACCCUGUCCUGCUCACCCUCCAUUGUGCCGGAGUUGGUUCUGAUAGGCGUUAGCAUCAUGUUGGAUUUCGGCUGCUUCCUGUUCAUGGGGGUUUCCUAUUUCCACAUCUUGUCCACUGUACUGAGGAUCCCGUCUGUGCAGGCCAGAACCAAAGCCUUCUCCACCUGCCUGCCCCAUCUCGCUGUGAUAGCCAUAUUUUUCUCCUGUGGAUUUAUUGCCCACUUAAAAAUGCCCUCUGACUCUCCUUCAGUGCUGGACCUGCUUGUAUCCGUGUUCUACACGGUAUUGCCCCCUGCCCUGAACCCCCUCAUCUACAGCCUGAGGAACAAAGACAUGAAGGCCGCCCUGGGCAGGGUCCUCAAGGGGAAACUUCCCUGAAAAGCAAGGUGGCCUAAUGGAUAGAACUCAGACCUGGGUGUCAGAGGA